GUCAGCUACCGGAUCCGCACCAUUACCAUAAUUUACUUAAAAGGCAAGCUUAAAAGGUACAACGACGGUAAAAAUCAAUGUAAAAAUAUUUUUUUAAAUAUAAGAGGUACCUAACCUUAAAUUCAAUGUAAACAUGUAAAAUUAAACAGAAUAAAAAAGUAGAUUACUUAAUGGACUAAUAUUGAAAUUUCGCGAAAUUUCUUCCUUAUUUUACAUUCUAAGCGAAUGGACUCUUAAAAGAAACUGUAUGAGCCAAUAAUUGAGAGAAAUUACAAAAAUGUCUCUUUUAAAUAGAUAUUUACUAAGAUUGCUCUCAAAAAGAAAAUACAAUGGAAGUAUACAGUUCAACAGAACUUUAUCAAUUGCCAAUGGAUCCCAGCACAAUAUAUUUCAAUUAAUUAAACUCAGUCAAGAUAAGGUAAUCUUUAAAACUGACCUUAAAACAUGUUUUUAUUCAGUACUGUCUGAAGAGGAGGACUUAGUUGAUACUAAUACUUAUGACAAGGUAUGCGAAGAAACGUUGGAUUCUUUAGCAGAAUUAUUUGAUGAAAUAGUUGCCAAUGAAUCAAAGUUUGAAAAAGGGGAUGUAGUCUAUGGAAGUGGAGUUUUAACGAUAGAUUUAGGGAACUAUGGUGCUUACGUCAUUAACAGGCAAGCACCUAAUAGACAAAUAUGGCUAAGUUCUCCAACAUCAGGGCCGAAGAGGUAUGACUAUUCUGUAAAAAAUGACUGUUGGAUAUACAAGCACGAUGGCAAAUCACUACAUCACUUAUUAAAGCUGGAAUUUGAAAGUCUUUUAGGCAAAGAACUAGAUUUACUGAAGUGUAAACAUAGCAAAUUGUAGUUGUCUGAAUUUAUUGUUAUUUAUUGGUAAUAGAUGCACAAAUAUAAAUUCUUUGUUUAUAAAGUUA